ACCUGCUCCCCCUUUCAUCAUCGACACACUAUGUGGAUGUUAUCUUUAGCCGUAUGGAUUCUCAAUGUCACAAAUCUCACUCAUGGAUAUGACUAUGAUGAGUAUUACCCAGGCGAGGAGGAAACCAAGGCCCCGCUGGUUGGGGAGGGACUCCGUGAUUUAGACACAGUGUCCAAUGUGGACGAGCUGGUGGAGCUGUUGUACCCAGAGUACAGUCUGGUGCAGCAUUGCCUACGUAGGAAAACCCAGCGCACCUCCACUCCUCUCCAUCCUGAAGACGACGUCUGGGCCUGGGGCAAGCCCAGGGAGGGGGCACUGUACAAGUCUGACGACGGCACCUUUGACGUUAUUCUGGAGGAGAUCCAGCGUACCAUGUGCAGUCCUCGGGAGGUGUGUCUGGAGGUGUCUAAAGAGUACCCAGAGAGCACCCGUCACUUCUACAUGCCUCGCUGUGUGUCUGUGCACCGCUGUGGGGGCUGCUGUACCCACGAGGGUCUGUACUGCACCAACACCAGCCAUACUUACAGCAACAAGACGCUGCUGGAGAUGACUCACCGUGAACACUCUGUGGUGAUGGUGGCGUUCGUCAACCACACAUCCUGUGAGUGUCUGUCCAAGAGGCCCCAGCACUCCGUCAUCAGGAGGGCUGCUGCAGCCCACCUCACCGUGUGUUCUCCGCCAGAUGUUCCCUGCAGUACAGGACUGGUCUGGGACCCCACCAGCUGCCUGUGUGUUCCCAUGGACACAAGCUUCUUCUCCGAGAGAGAGCUGGAACCCCUGGAGUCGGCCUUGCUGGCGCUGUGUGGCCCCAACAAAGUCCUAGACGAGGACAGCUGUGAGUGUGUGUGUGAGAACGGUCUGACAGAGGCCAGCUGUGGGCCGGGCUGGCGUCUAGACCAGGCGUCCUGUGAGUGUCUCUGUGAGGACCAGCCCGCCCCGGGGACCUGCCCUCCCAACCAACGCUGGGACCCAGAGCUGUGUGGCUGUGUGUGCCAGUCAGAGUGCCCCCGUAGCCAGCCUCUCAACCCAGAGACGUGCCUGUGCCAGUGCAGGGAUAGCCCUCAGACCUGCCUGCUAGAGGGCAAGAGGUUCAACGCACACAACUGCAGCUGUUACCGGCUGCCCUGCAGAAAGCCACACAACAGCUGUCCAACAGGCUUCUACUACAGCCACUACGUCUGCCAGUGCAUACCCAACCACAUGAGGUCAGGGGAGUGGAACUGACAAAGCUGGGGUUACCAGCACUGGUGUUACCAGCACUGGUGUUACCAGCACUGGUGUUACCAGCACUGUGGUGUUACCAGCACUGGUGUUACCAGCACUGGUGUUACCAGCACUGGUGUUACCAGCACUGGUGUUACCAGCACUGGUGUUACCAGCACUGUGGUGUUACCAGCACUGGUGUUACCAGCACUGGUGUUACCAGCACUGGUGACAAACUCUAGGGUCAAUGUACUGUAACUGUAUGGUGGAAACGAGGCGGUGUGUUUGCAAUGUAGAGCCGGUAGAUGGAGGCUAGAAUAGGGGAAUGUUUUUUUAUGAAUUCUCCUGAUAGGCCGCGAGGCUCUCCAUCGUCAGACCAGGGAACAUACAAUGAAGCACACAACGAUGCAGUCGUCUAGAUACUGCAGGUCAUGGUCUGAAUCAUGGACAUUAUUGACAUUGCCUCAGAUUCAUUAUGUGUGGCUGUUAAAAUGAAAAAAAAUAUUCAUUCCAUAAAAUGAAAUAAUUUUUAGAUUAUCUGACAUGGAUAUUUAUUGCAAGUGACCCUGCAGCUCUUCGAGAUGACGAUGACAUAACUGGGAAGAAACGCCCUGACAUGAGAAGGAAGACAAAAGACUGAAAUGUAAAGCCCAUGCAUAUACUGUAUUGUACAAAACGUGUGACUGUAGUCAGUGGUGGCUGUGAAUGAAAAGUGUGUUUUUAAUGUCAUAUCCUAUUUGUAUUGUAUUUAAAAUACACGCUAUUGAUAAAAUAAAAUACAAACUUGAUUGGCUUUGGUAAAUGUGUACGGUGUGUGUUUGAUAAGAGUUUUGUGACAAGAAGUUUGGCAACAGACUAUGGGAACCACAGACUGGCACCAUGGAGAGUGUGAUGUGAUGUCUCCAAUCACAAAACAAAGGCAUUGAAAAACACACACUCCUGCAGUGAAAAUGGAUCCAAGACCUUUGUCUCAAAUUCCUCAUACCAGCCGUAUGUGUUUGGAACAAUAAACACUAUCUCGAGGUCAAUUGCAGAGAGAUCUAAUUCCCAUCUGGCUUGUGUCUUUAGAAACUGCCAUCCAGAGUUGGUACUCUAAACCAGCGCAGCCCUCUGUACAGAAACAGGACUGCAUAGCUAAACUCAGUGAUAGUAGCUUUUGUUUGUGAUAAUCCAAAUAGUUUGGUUUAUAAGUAGGCCUACAGAGUAGAGACAGUACUUUAGACGGUUGACUCUUUGUCAAGGGUGAUAUAUG